UAGCGCCCCGGGUGCUCGGAAUGAGCAUGCGCAAGCGCCUACACGCUCACGCUGUCCUGGCGAAGAGGUGUGCGCGUGGUGACCCCGGCUGCUUUGCUCCUCGUGGGUCGUCGUCCUUAUGAGUUCUUCCCGGGCAGUUUCGGUGGCUGGCGAGGCGGGGGAUGCUGAGGACCCCGAGCUCUGCUUGUCGGACAGCGGCAGCGAGGCUGGCUGGGAAGAGGACGACGAUGGAGAUGACUCGAGGGGCCCUGGGCGGCAAGCUCGGUGCCUCUUCUGCGACAGGCUUUUCAGUUCAGCUGAAGAAUCAUUUUGCCACUGUACAUCAGACCAUGGAUUCAAUAUUGGGAUGGUGGCUCACAAACACAGACUUGAUUUCUAUGGCUACAUCCAGCUAGUAAACUUUGUUCGUCUAGAAAAACCAUCUGCAGAGUAUUUUAGUUCUAUCAGUGCCCCAUUUCCUUGGGAGGAAGAUAAAUAUUUGAAGCCUGCUCUGGAAGAUGACCUUUUACUCCAGUUUGAUAUAGAAGACCUUCUUUACUCCACCGAUUCCUCUUGUCCCAAUGGCCUAACAGAGGCUUCAUCUCUCUUUCAACAAUUGAAACGUGCAGAGCACAGAGCAGAGUUGGCAGAAGAUGCACUGGCUAGAGCCCAAGAAGAUCUUCAGAAAAUGAGACAAUUUGCCCAGGAAUUUGUGAUGAACACUGAAGUCGGAAGCAGACCAUCAGGCAGCGCCAUUGCAGACCUACAAGAGAAUGAGGAGGAGGUUUACUUCAGCUCUUAUGGGCAUUAUGGGAUCCAUGAAGAGAUGAUAAAGGACAAAGUACGCACGGAAAGCUAUUGUGACUUUAUAUAUCAAAACCCCCACAUCUUUAAAGAUAAGAUUGUCUUGGAUGUUGGAUGUGGAACUGGAAUCCUCUCCAUGUUUGUUGCCAAAGUGGGUGCAAAGAAGGUGAUAGCAGUAGACCAGUCUGAAAUUAUUUAUCAGGCCAUGGACAUCAUUAGACUCAAUGGACUUGAAGAUACCAUUUCUUUAAUCAAAGGGAGAAUUGAAGAUGUUGAUUUGCCUUUUGAAAAAGUGGAUGUUAUCAUAUCUGAGUGGAUGGGCUAUUUUCUUCUUUUUGAAUCAAUGCUGGAUUCUGUCAUUUAUGCAAGGGACAAGUACUUGGCAAAAGGCAAUUCAGUGUAUCCUGACAUCUGCACCAUUAGCCUGGUGGCUAUAGGCGACCUCAAGAAACAUGCAGAGAGACUAGCUUUUUGGGAUAAUGUGUAUGGCUUCAACAUGUCCUGCAUGAAGAAGGCUGUAAUACCAGAAGCUGUUGUGGAAGUGCUAGAUCCAAAUUCACUUAUAUCUGAAUCUUGUAUCAUCAAGCGGAUAGACUGCCAAUCUGUAUCUGUUUCAGAGCUGGAAUUUUCAUCAGAUUUCACCCUGACAGUCACAAAGUCUUCAUUGUGUACGGCAGUUGCUGGAUAUUUUGAUAUAUCUUUUGAGAAGAAUUGCAAGAACGUGGUCUUGUUUUCAACUAGUCCUUGUUGUAUCAAAACACACUGGAAGCAGACGGCAUUUUUUCUAGAGAAUCCAAUUUCUGUGGAGAAAGGUGAAGAACUGAAAGGAAGGAUAACUAUCCACAAAAACAGGAAAGAUCCACGCUCCCUCAUAAUAACCCUUUCAAUCAAAGAUAUGAAACAGACAUAUAGCCUUCAGUGAAGAAUAUUCUACAAUCAGUUUGGAGAUACAUGCUUUUGAAAAUGUACUUGAUGUGACUAUUUGCUGGCAGUCACAACUGGGGGGAAAUGGAUUUUUGGUCCAGGUUCAGAUAACUGUUUCUGGAAAUGAUAAUGCCUGCAGUAUUUGUGGGGACUGUUAAUUCUGCUUUGCAGAGCAUUUUCAACCAGUCUGAGUAGUAUUUCUAGUACCCACAUGAAUCCAUGAGAAUGUCUCAAGAAUUUGAUGGCAAGUUUUUGUGUGUAAUAGUAAUAAGAGCAUAAUUACUAAAAAUAUCUUGGACUAGUUAAUGAGUUCUUCAAUUUUCUAUAAUUCUACUUAGGCACACUCAUUUUAGAGAAGAACAGAGGGUGGGUAUGCAGGAUAGGGAAUCUUAUAUGGGGUUUAUUAGUCCUGGUAGGGAAAAGCUUAUUUUGGACUUUCAGCCUCAGUUUUCAAAAGUCAUGUUUUUCAAGGCUAUUACUUUAUGUAGUAUUUAAAAAAAAAAAUAAAUGCAGCUCUAUUAUAAACACAGUUGUUUGUAGCUUGACAUCUUGAAGUUUAUAUGCCUAUUGAUUUUGUAAUAUUCAUAUUAAAUUACUACCAAACAUUUGAA